AUGGUUCGGGGCUGCUGCCGCCCGGCAGGGCCUUCGCGGGCCCGGGAGGAAGUGACGGCGCGGGAGGCGGGCCCGGAGGAGCGGGCACCAACGCAAGGGCGGGGCGACGCCACUGGGGGCGGGGCGGGGACAGUGGCCCGAGACCCACGCGGAGCUGGGAAACUGAGGCUGGGUGCAGACACCGGGCGGGGACGCUGGGAGGUGGACAGACACCGGGCGGGGACGCUGGAAGUGGACACACACCGGGCGGGGACGCUGGAAGUGGACAAACACCGGCAAAUGCAGGCUGCUCCCCCUGGCGUCCGUCCCUUCCUGACAAGGGAAGAAGGGGGGCGGAAGAAGUCUGUUGUGCAGGUGAACGGAGGGCGCGCAGACAGGGGAUGUAGUGGCCAGUGCCUUAAGGGAGGCGGGGCGCGGGGGGCGCGGGCUAUAAAUGCGCAGCGAUUGCCGAGCGAGCAGACUAGCAGGCUAGCCCAGCGGAGCCGCCCAUCAGACCCGCGGCCUCCAGCCCAGAUCCUUUCCGAGCUCCGCGGACGUGGUGGCGAAGCCACGCGCGCCGCCACCACGGCGGGGUCCAAUGCGUCCUGGUGGGCGCCCGGCAACGCGUCGGGCUGCCCAGGCUGCGGCGUCAACACUUCGGACGGGCCGGCCCCCGCGCCUCAGACCGUGGACGCCUGGCUGGUGCCGCUGUUCUUCGCCGCGCUGAUGUUACUGGGCCUGACCGGGAAUUCGCUCGUCAUCUACGUCGUCUGCCGCGACAAGCAGAUGCGGACCGUGACCAACUUCUAUAUCGCCAACCUGGCGGCCACGGAUGUGACCUUCCUGCUCUGCUGUGUACCCUUCACGGCUCUUCUGUACCCGCUGCCCGCCUGGGUACUGGGUGACUUCAUGUGCAAGUUCGUCAACUACAUUCAGCAGGUCUCGGUGCAGGCCACGUGCGCAACGCUCACCGCCAUGAGCGUGGACCGUUGGUACGUGACUGUGUUCCCGCUGCGCGCUCUGCACCGCCGUACGCCCCGCCUGGCGCUGGCGAUCAGUCUUAGCAUCUGGGUGGGAUCAGCGGCCGUGUCGGCGCCAGUGCUGGCCUUGCAUCGCCUCUCGCCGGGGCCGCGCACCUACUGUAGCGAGGCCUUCCCCAGCCGCGCUCUGGAGCGCGCCUUCGCGCUCUACAACCUGCUGGCGCUUUACCUGCUGCCACUGCUCGCCACCUGUGCCUGCUACGGUGCCAUGCUGCGCCACCUGGGCCGGGCUUCCGUGCGCCCUGCGCCCGCUGACGGCGCUCUGCAGGGGCAGCUGCUGGCGGAGCGCGCAGGAGCUGUGCGGGCCAAGGUCUCCAGAUUGGUGGCCGCGGUGGUUCUGUUGUUCGCUGCCUGCUGGGGCCCCAUCCAGCUGUUCCUGGUGCUGCAAGCACUGGGCCCGGCAGGUGCGUGGCACCCACGCAGCUACGCCGCCUAUGCACUAAAGAUCUGGGCUCACUGCAUGUCCUAUAGCAACUCGGCCCUGAACCCGCUGCUCUACGCGUUCCUGGGCUCCCACUUCCGCCAGGCUUUUCGCCGAGUCUGCCCCUGCGCCCCCCGCCGCUCCCGGCGCCCCUGCCGGUCUGGACCUUCGGACCCCGCCGCACCCCACGCCGAGUUGCACAGCCUGGCUGCCCAUCCGGCCCCAGACAGGACGCCAAAGCCAUGCAGCAGCGGGUCCGGGGCGCGAAGGCUGUGUGUCUUGGGGCAAGAGGCGGCCCCUCUCUGA